GCACCACUGUGCGUCGUAAUAGGCGGGUUUCUUUAAGAUGACAUUUACUGGUAUGGGGUGCAGUCUUUAUAUCCCGCGAUGGUCUUGUUUGGAGAACUGACAUCUUCUGUCCGUUCAUAAUGGAUUCGCACACUUUACGUCUUUUUGCAGUGGUAUUGCUGUCAGUUGUAGGGUGCUCUUCUGGUCAAGUUCUCCCACCAGGAUCUUUGACUGGAGUAGUAGGAGGAAAUGUAACAUUCAAAACAACCAUUAGCUCAACAAGUCCAGAACCUUUAACAAUAACUUGGACUUUUAAUAAUGGCUCUGCACCUGUAAGUGUAAUUGGGUCUGGUCCUGCUGGCGUUACCCCAGGGCUAGGGUACGAGGGCAGAGUGAGUUUGAACAGGGUCACUGGUUCUCUGGAGCUCAGACAGCUGACACUGAGAGACUCUGGGCCAUAUUCUGUGGUCCUGACAUCAGGUAUUGGUGCAACACAGACUGGGCAAACUUCACUGAACGUGUACGAGCCAGUCUCCAAUGUGACAGUGAGGGCCAAUGCAACCAACUUAGUGGAAUUCAAUGACACAGUUGCACUAACAUGCUCCGCCCUUGGCUCCUCCCUCUUUUAUCGAUGGCAUAAUGGAAGUUCUGAUAUUACACCCAGUGAGCGUGUUCAUCUGAGUGAUGACAACAGGAUUCUCACCAUAUCCAGCGUGUUGAGGUCUGACCGGGGACCUCUAUUCUGCACGGUGUACAAUGUCGUCAGUAGUGGCACCAGUCCACCAGUCUUCCUCAACAUCAGUUUUGGACCGGAUAAUGUUCAGGUGACUGUGGACCCUUCGAAGGAAUUCCAAACCCCAGGGUCCAACAUCACUCUGUCCUGCUCAGCUCAGUCCAGCCCUCCUGCAGAGUUUAAAUGGGCUUUUAAUGGGACAAUGCUGAACACAGAGGGUCAGAAACUGAAGCUGGAGAACAUUCAGGAGAAUCAGAGUGGCAAUUAUACCUGCUGGGCCCAUAACAUCGAAACCCUGAGGUUUAAGCCUUCUGACCCCUUACUGAUCUCUGUCAUGGAGAAGAUAUCUGGCGCCAGCAUCACAGGUCCCACAGAAGUACUGAUCGCAGGUACCAGCUCUGCCAAACUGAGCUGUCAGGCAACUGCUGGAACCAUCAUCUCCAGGAAGUGGCUGAAGGAUGGGAAUCCACUGUCUUCUAGCAACAGAAUCACUUUCUCUGGUGACAACAGCUCUGUGUCCAUAGACCCUCUACAAGGCACUGACAAUGGACAAUACCAAUGCAGACUUACCAACCCUGUGAGCACCGAUUCUGUCAGCUAUAACCUUACCGUCAACUAUGGUCCAGAGAAGGUUGUCAUGCAGGGACCCAGUGAGAUAGAAGUUGGUCAUACAGUGGUGCUGACCUGUUCUGCAUCAUCUGUACCUCCUGCAACCUUCACCUGGACUCUCAAUGGGACAGAGACUGCUGUGAUAACAAAGGAGUUUACUGUGGAGAAUGCCGGCUUUAGUGACAGCGGGACUUACACCUGUGUGGCUAAGAAUUCUGUGACUGGUUCAAAUAUCUCCUCAGCUCCCCAUGUUUUAACUGUUAAAGUUCCUGCAGGACCCAACUCUGAGUCCCAACUAGGGGCAAUACUUGGGGGUAUAUUUGGCGCAUUGGCGUGUAUCGCAGUGGCUGGUGGGGCUUUUUUCUACAUGAAGAAGAAAAAGAGGUCCAGCUCAACGGCCACACACCGCGGCGGCCGGAACACAUCAAAUCACCAAUCUAACGGAGGGGAUGCGGAACUGGCCUACGCAGACAUCAGCCAUUUUCGUAAGGCUGACGGCAGCAAAGUCCAGCUGGGAUCUGUUAAGGCACAGGCCGCGGCUGAGCCAGGCCCGGUCGCCACGGCCAUACCGGAGACCACGUACGCUGAGGUCAGGAAGAACUGACCGCGCCCCGGGUUAGACGCUGCAGCGCCUCGCCUCAACUGUAACGCACUCCUGGCGCCGGGGCUCAGCUCAGCCGGUAAACGACGGCUCCUUCUAACGUUUCGCUGCUUGCGCAAGAAGGUCUCCCAUUCUAACAACAACAACGGUAACAGAAUCCCAAACCCGUUAACGAUAAUGUUUCACUCACAGUGGUCCAAUGAAGUGGUUAUGACAGAUUAUGUCGUUAGUAGCUUUUCCUGGCUGAAAUAUGUAAAUAUGUGCGAGUGGCUGUUAAAAGAUUGCUAGCUGGCUAACCAAACAAACCAAGUGCACAUACAUUACAGAAUGCUUUUUUUUAAUUGAAGAAAAUUUUUCUCCACUGUAACAGACAUGCACAUGACCUGUUAAAGACAUACAAAACGUGUCUCCUUUAUCAUUUCUGUCCCAAGUUCAAGGUACGUUAAUAAGGACAAUAUUCUUAAUUAAACUGGAUGUAUUCUUUCUGUCAGUAGCUGGUGAAUCUUUGAGUCAUCUAUAGUAUAGGCAUCAUAAAAAAGCACGAAUGGCAAAUCAAUGUUAUUUAUGAUGAUGAACUAAUGCACUUGUUGUACGUCGCUCUGGAUAAGAGCAUCUGCUAAAUGCCUGUAAUGUAAUGUAAUGUAAUGAUGUAAACUUUAUUUAUUUGGUAGCAGCGCGGUUUGUCAUUGUAGUUUCAGAGCAGGGGUAUAAAUCCUCCUUUCCUGGAGGGCCCGGGGACAGAAACUGCUGGUUUUUAGGGUUGGAUGUCUAUGACUUGUUGAUAGAAGCAACUUUACUAACAACGUAUGCUUUUCUAAUAUGCGUUUUUGUACCUGGACACUGU